GAGAGCACUUUCAGGGAUACCGAUGAUGGGGAUAGUUCGUCUAAUUUUAUUGAUUUCGCUUCAUACAUCGAUCAAACACCGAUAACCGUAAAUCCGCGCCUACCGCUCGAGACUGUCAUGGACUUAUUCAAGAAGAUGGGUCCUCGCGUGAUCCUCAUUGAGCACAUGGGUAAGCUGGUAGGCCUUAUAACAGUAAAAGACGAGCUGAAAUACAUCGCGAGAAAGGAGGCAGAAGAGAACGGUGAUUCCAGGGCGUACGAUGAUUCAAGUCCAUCAGGAUCAUCUGAUGAGGAUGAGCCGAGAACUUCGGAAAGCAGAAAGCGCAGCACUGACUCGUAUUUUGAAGUGAACAAAAGGAGAACAAGUGAU